AUGACAGACACAAGUGACAAGCAAUGGGCCAAGGCUUAUCUACUUGAUCCUUUAAACGAACCUGAACCAAACCAAGACACCGGUAUCGGCAACCUUUCAGCUCAAUUCCGCAGUUAUUCUCUAGAAAGCUCUAGCUCAACUUCAAGCAAAGGUCGUUCCGAGAGCAAAAACAAGCAUCGAUCAAGCCGUAAACAUCACGGAAGUUAUCCUACCCCACCCACUUCUGCCAGUCCAACUCGCGACAGCUUUCACUAUUCAAACCCAUUCUCAGACGCUGCAGCUUCGCGACGUGAAUCAUCUGUCCCUUCAGUCUCAAUCUCUCCACCAAACUCUCCUCCUGGCCCAAGUAAUAACCCAUUCACUAUUUCUUCGGUCAACCGUUCAGCCAGCGCCCGAGUUCCUGCCCAUCGCAGCCGACCUCAAGUCCAGCACAACCGCAGCUUCAGCGCCAACAACUGCGGAGUCUCCCGUCAGCGUUCACUGAACCAAAGAUACCCAGGCGACAUGUCUCACCGUCCUCUCGACAUCCUUAGAAAGGAGGCUCGCGCAGCUGAUCGUUCCCCUCAUCUGCGACGCAAGCAAAUGCCCAUGACUGAUACCAUUGAUGCCCUCGAUACUAUUGGUGGAACCUAUCAUCAUGGCGGUCCCUAUGACGCCACUCUCGCAAGCCGCAAUCGCAACAAGAAGUACUCGCCCGUCGCGGCUGUAGAGGAGUCUAACCGAGAAGCUCUCCGCGCGACACCAAGAGAAAACAUUCAAGACUCUCUCAAGAAAAAGAUGCCUCUUCAAGGCACUGCUGAUAUUCCCAACGGCGAGCGGGACUUUAGUGGAAACAUCAUCAACUAUGAGGAGGGUGCUGAUCUCAUGAGAGAACCCGACGCCACUGGUGGUGCAUACAAGCGUUGGGACGGUAUUCAAUACCAUCCUGAUGACCUCAAGGGCAAGGGUGAGCCUUCUUACACAUACGAGAAGGACCUCAAGGAACACAAGCGCAACCGUCGUGGUGGACCCGCCGAGUACGAGCUCUCUUCCAACAUGGGAACCAGCCAGCGCCCAGCUUUCACCCACAACCGAAGCUUCAGCGAGAGCCCCCGCACAACCCCCGAAUUCUCAAACGGCACCGACAUUCGUCGCAACAACUCUACAGGUCGUCACAAAUUGAGCGACGGUCUACGAAAGCGCUUCGGAAGCAUUCGACGCAAGAAGGCUAGCGAAGUUGAGUAA